UUUUUUUGAGUUUCCAUUCUACUUUUAGCGACUAAUUAGAUUCUAAUUUGUUUUCUUUAAAUAAUUAAUUAACAAGAUACGUUCAUAUUUAUUUCCUCAUAAACCAUGAGCUGUGUGAGUGACUUAUCUCAAUCAAACGAGUAUCUGAGUUUUCGAAGUAAUAUACCGUUACGGAAAAUCAUUGUUGAUUCAGAUAGUUCCAAGGCAUGGCGAAUAUUCGAUUCUGGUCCGAAGUCGGUCGCAUGUCCCUUGAUAUGUUUACCACCCGUUUCUGGAACGGCGGAUGUUUUCUACAAGCAAGUGAUGGGCCUGGCUUCCAGAGGGGUUCGUGUGAUAUCCGCGGAACCCCCGCCUUACUGGAAUAUGAAGGAGUGGUGUGAUGGGUUCAAAAGACUGAUUGACUACCUAGAACUUGACAAGGUGCAUAUUUUUGGAGCUUCCUUAGGUGGAUUCCUAGCCCAAAAAUUUACAGAGCUAACACUAAACUGCCCCCGGGUGGCAUCCCUAAUACUGUGCAACUCCUUCACCGACACCUCCGUGUUUGAGUUCAAGGACUCCUCAGCUCUCUUCUGGCUUCUCCCCUCCCUGGUUCUAAAGAGGAUGCUAAUGGGAAACUUCUCAGCAGAUAAAGCUGAUAGAAGAAUCAUUGAGGCUAUUGAUUUUAUGGUUGAGAGACUAGAGUCCCUAAACCAAUCGGAGCUAGCUUCACGGUUAACCCUCAACUGCACACCGGGCUACAUGCAGCCGCAUCUCCUAAGCGAGCUGCCGGUGACCGUCAUGAACGUGUGGGACGAGUGCGCGCUGAGCCCGCAAGUCCGGGAGGACCUGUACAAGUCGUACCCGCAGGCCAAGCUGGCGCAUUUGAAGAGCGGCGGCAACUUCCCCUAUCUGAGCAGGAGCGAUGAAGUCAAUUUGCAUUUAUUAAUCCACCUCCGGCAGUUCGACAACACGGAGCUGUCGGCGUCGUACCUCAGCCUGCACCGGCUGCCGGCGCCUGCGCAGCCCGAGGAGGGCACGGUCAGCUACUUCAACCAACGAGAUAAAUUCGUCAAGAUCUCUUGAAUCUACCUAUUGCGGCAAUAUAAGACGGAACCACGUUGUCGUUUGUCUAUAAUAGCGGUUAUUUGCAGUGGUGUAAGGGAGAAAUCAUCCUUUUAGAGCCAAUAUUCUUAUAAUUUGCUCUAUGGACCUUAAGAGGGUCUACAAGAACAUAUAUUAUUGAGAGCACUUAAGUUGCACAUAAUAAGUUUUAGCACAUAGGCCAUAAGGCCAACAUAGUGACUAUUACCUGUUUUACGAACCUAAAUCAAUAAAAAAAUGAUAUUUAUAUAAUUACGAAUACAAGGGAUUUUUGGGUCGGCAAACUUUUGGGAAGAAGACCGCAGUAACCGCAGUAAAAAUCACGAGUUUUAGAAAGAGGAGCCGUAAAUGUUCUUUUCGGGGGUCAGAACCCUCUAAUGUUAAUUUAUGGGUGGCUUGAAGAGCCGAAAAUGGACCUACAAAGAGCCGCAUGCGGCCCGUGAGUCGCGGUUACCCGACCCCUGUCAUGCAGCGUACUACGUAAGCGAACAACACGCGAAAGCGAAGCGGUGCGGCGUGGGGUGAAAAUCCUUUGAUACCUAUACAAGUGUCCUGCGUGGGCGAUCUCUUUGCGAACGCGAACGCCUUGGGCCCGCCGCGCCGCUUCGCGUUCGCGAGUUUUUCGCUUACGUAAGACGUAGCGUUAUAGACAAACGACAAAAGUAGUACCGUCAGCACUAGCGGAAGUAGCUAAGCAAGCAGGUAUUUCAUAUGAUCUGCACAUGUCUUAAUCUCUAACUUAGUGGUUCCUAACCUUUUUAGUACAACGCAGUCACAACCUGUGACCCCUUUGACUAACUAGGGAACUCGAUUUUACCCCUCCUCCAUAAUCUUUUUUUUUUUUCAGUAAAAUGCUAGUUUUACCCCCACGGGGGUAAUUACCCCCAGGUUAGGAACCGCUGCUCUAACUGUAUAGCUGUGCUCAGCUCGUUUUGAACACCACGCGCUUAGCUACUUCUACAGCUGACUGUAUGGUUGUUUGACAACAAAAAUUAACUUUAAUUACUCUGUGUGCCUAUAAACACUAGGAUUAAGUAAAAAUGCUUUAUAACGGAAUAUUAAGUCAUGUUAUAAUCUUAUAAUGUAGGUAUAUGGACGGUAUAGGAUACCAAAUAGUUUUUAAAUUGAGAAAUUGAUUAGGAUUAGAAAAGAACUAUAUUAGGGAUAAAAACUCACACAUAAUACUUCAAAUUCUGUUAAUUAUAUAUACGAAAAUAAUUCCUUACGUUAAAGAUAACAUAAAGUAGUUUUUGACAAUAAAUUAAUACUUGGAUGUGAAUUAAUAAACGUUUACAAACAACGAUAUAAUUAUAUUUAAUUAUAAUUAUUUAAAGUAGUCUAAGUACAUAGAAAAAUGCAAAAUUUAAAUGUGCCAAAAAUAGCCUGCCAAACAAAAGUACAUCCGCGAAACUAGGUUUGUAUUUGAGAAACGAAAUUAGGCUAUAAAUAAUUUUGAUAUCACAGUAGUAUAUUAUUCCUCAGUAGGUUAGACUGAUUUGCACUACUGAUGUGUUCUGAAUUUUGACGUCUUUUAUAAAAAAAACGUGUAAAAGACGCAGCUUAAAUUAUAUCGACUACAUUAUAUUAUGUUAUAUUUUACUUUUUAUAAGUUGUUAUAAAAAUCAACCAUGAAAUGUAUUUAAAAACGUUGUACUUU